AUGGUCGUUCAUUACAAUCCGUUUACCAAGGAGCCCUAUCUCCAGCUUCCAGCGCCAUGUGAAAACAUUAUCAUCACUCCACACCGAGAACACCAGAUUGAGGAAACAGCUGCUGUGAUGACUGAAAUCCUGAAUGACUCGCGCGUGUAUGCCUGGCUACAGGGGCCUCCAUUCCCAUUUCUCCCUGAGCACGGCCGGGACUGGGUGAAAACGAAGUUAACAGAGCACAAAGCUCUUGUGUCUACUCUACAGCAAGAAUUCGAAACGUCGAAGUCCCCAUUGCAAGGCGACAACUCAGAUAGUCAAGAGAAACAAGCAUUCUUCGAUCAAUGUCCUUUCGUUUGCAUUCGCGAAGUAACAAAAAGAGAUCCUGAGACCGGCGUCCCACUUCAGGAUGUCAUGAUCGGAGAUAUUGGACUGACGCGGUAUGCGUUCUAUGAGGUGCAACCCAAUAGUUCGGAGCUUGCGCUGGCAUUGGAGCAGAAUAAUGCUUUGCCGGCGGGCCACAAGGAUAUCGUCUGGGGCAUAGGAAACUACCUUUCUCCAACGCACCACGGUCGAGGAAUUAUGAGUCUUGCUGUUCGAGCUAUCGUUCAAGAUUGGGCGAUUCCUCGGAUGAAUCUUCACCAUCUCAAAUCCAGCUAUUAUCUUGGGAAUAUAGGCAGUUCAAGAGUAUUUGAGAAGAACAAUUUUGAGAAAGUCUGUACAUUGAAGGAUUGGUCCAAGGGAAAUCCCAAGAAGGGACAAGGGAUGAUGUCGAUGGCUGUGAUGGAGUGGAAGGGAUAUUUUUAG